GAGUGCUGAGGCUCCCCGGCACAGUCACCCUUUACGCACGCUUUAUGCUAGAGAUUUCAUUGUGCGAGUAUUAUAGUAGUGUGGAAGGUAGUUGGAAUUAAACUAUUGUGCAUUUCAUGUGUGCAUGCUUUUUCUGCGCUACGGGGCAUGUUUUGACUACUGAGCCAAGUUUUAUAUCGGACAACAAUAACUCGAAGGGAAUAUGCUGUUUAAAAUGGGCUAAGUGAAGCUAGCCUAGCUAGCGUCGCUAACGCGAAUAGAAGAACUUAAAGCUUAAAAACAAAAGGAUUCAAACUUAUCACAACAGGCUGCCAUCCGAAGGAGACAGGAGGGAGGAUAGAAAAGGGCACCAUGCCGUCAGUAAUGGAACGUUCAGGUUCUGGUGUGCUGUCCCGUAGCAGAGCCAAAACCGUCACCAACGGCAGUAGCCAGCAUUCCGAGGAGGAGAGCAGCGAUGAGGAACAUACACAUGACAGUAUGAUCCGAGUUGGGGGAGACUACCAAGCCCAGAUACCUGAAUAUAAACCUGACAGCCCAGCUCGAUACGCUGAGAAGGAUCACAGAGGCAUGUUGGUGUGGUCGCCCAACCAGCUGGUGACUGAUGCAGAAUUGGAUGAAUACAUUCUCAUGGCAAAAGAGAAACAUGGAUACAAUAUGGAACAGGCUCUCGGCAUGCUUCUCUGGCAUAAACACGAUGUGGAGAAGUCUCUGGCCGACCUGGCCAACUUCACCCCCUCGCCUGAGGAGUGGACGGUGGAGGACAAGGUGCUGUUUGAGCAGGCCUUCAGUUUCCAUGGCAAGAGCUUCCACCGCAUACAGCAGAUGUUGCCUGACAAGCUGAUCUCCAGUCUGGUGAAGUACUAUUACUCGUGGAAGAAAACUAGAAUGCGCACCAGCGUCAUGGACCGACAGGCUCGACGACUGCUGAGCAAGAGGGAGAAAGAGGACAGCAAUGAGGAUGCAGAGGAGGCAGACGCAGGCAGCGACAGCGACUUUGAGAUCGACACCAAGAAAGAGACUCCGAAACCGAGUAUAAGCACUAGAGGAGGGGAGAAGGCCAGCUCUGGGAGGCCGGGCCCGGUGCGGAAGGAAAGCCUGGGGUCGCAGUACAGACACCACCCCCUCCGCGCUCGUCGACGCCCCCCAAAGGGCAUGCACCUCAUCCAGGAGGACCUCACCUCGCUUUCUGCCAGUCCUGACACGGGGGCAGUGUCUCUGAAACAGCUGGACACACAGCUGGUGUCGCUUAAGAGACAGGUUCAGAGCAUCAAGCAGAUGAACAGCAGUCUGAAACGUGACCUGGAGGAAGGGAUAGACACCCUGCGCCCAACUGAGCCUGCUCCCAAGAUCAACUCCCGCUGGACCACCGAGGAGCAGCUUCUGGCUGUACAGGCCAUCAGGCGCUACGGCAAAGAUCUGGCAGCUAUCGCCGAGGUGAUUGGCAACAAAACCAUCCCGCAAGUGAGCUCGUUCUUCGUCAGCUACCGGCGGCGCUUCAACCUGGACGAAGUGCUGCAGGAGUGGCAGGCGGAACAGGAAGUGCACCAGGGGCAUGCCGGGAGCCCUGAGGACGUGAAGGAUCUGGCCGGGGCUAGAGGAAGAACGCUGUCCGCAGGAAACGGCAGUGCUGAAGACGAGGAGUUGCCAAUGACCGUAGAGACUGAGGCCACAUCAGCUCCCACUGGUACCAACAUCAGUAACUUCAGCACAAACCAGGGACCCCCUUCCCUGUCCCAGCCCCCACCUCUGCUUCGCCCCACUCCUCCUUUAGCCCCUCCUAGCCUGCACAGACAGCCCCCGCCCCUGCAGACUCGCCCAAUCCAAACCCGCGCCCCUCACAAUCACCCACCUCCACCGCUGAUCCGCCCCGCGGUUGCAUCCUCCCGCCACCAGGGGCUCCGAAACUCCCUCAGCUCCAUUUCAACUUCUGGCUCCUUGUCGUUGUCCACUUCUUCCUCGGGUCAGUUGCCACCAUCCCUAGUGGGACUGAAGGUGGAACAACCACAUUCUCACUAAGAAUCUUAGGCAACCAAGGGCUGUAGACAGUACCCACAGGCACACUUGUUUUUGCUACAUGGUGAGGACACCCACACAGACACACACAUUGCAGAUGUUGUGAGAAUAGUGAGGUGUGUGAGAGAGUACUACUGAUACCAUUUUCUCCCCCCUACUAGUGAGUGCAGGGGUCUGCAACCCUGGUCCUGGAAAGCUGCAAGGUCUGCUCGUCUUAAAAUGAGUAACAAAUUCAGACUUAAGUUUGAGUUAACUGUAUAAUCAACCGUAAAAUGGAUAAAGUGCUGAGUAACAGCAAAAAAAGAGCAGACGCUCUGUGGCUCUCCAGAAACAAGGUUACAGACCCCUGCCAUAGACAUAGACAGACUCCUCUGAACAGAACAUAUGUAUGGACAGAAAUACCCAAGUUAACAUAACACAUUGAAUCUUUCUCCCAGCACAGCUAUACACACGCUGCCUCAUGAUACAUCACCCAUGGUAAAGCAUUCUCCUCAACCAUUGGCUAAACAUUUAGCGUUCGGGAUGACACAAUGCUGAAAACUCAAACUGUGACCUCAGGUGAACCCUCUCCCAGUCUUCUGGCAUACAAGCAGCUGCUCUGUGCAGUGAAGUGUUUGGAUUGGACUACCUUGAUAGGGUAGCUUCUUGACAUGUUCAGCCCCCUGCUCGUCUCCAUGGCAACAUUGGGAUUGUGAGAAUGCAGGUAGGCAAGCAGAGUAAUGUGGAGAGACGAUGUGCUCAUCUUUCUGGACAGCAGUCAGUCUGACCAAAAGUCGGAGGGGAAGAGGUGACCUGUGUAGUCAUGCACAGUCAUUUAUGAUUUAGCAGGUUACUGAGAGGAAAACAGAAUAGCUGCUUUUUUUACUUGUAGUUUAGAGUAGGAUUAAGCACUAAAACGGUAAAAUACUUGACAGUUUUUUGACAUGUUUAAACAUGCAGGCACUGAAAACUGCAAAAGCGAACACUGGCACUAGGAAAAAAAUAGAACGAGAAAUUUCCCCCUCUGUA